AUGCCGGAUGCACGCGCUUGCACGCGUUUUCCCCCCACCGCAAACACGGCUUCCACGCUCGCCAUCUCGUUGCUCAACCGGCCCGUGGCCAUUGAGAACCUGCACUACCACAACCGCCCGCCGUCGCCGCGCGACCUCGCCCCCUUCAACACGGCUUCCUCACUGGACGAGCGCCCGUCGCUGCCGUCGAUCGGGCUGACCAUCUCGCGGCCCUCGUCGGCAGCGUCCCAGUCCGGCGCCCGUCUCCCCCCGCCGCAGCCGCUGCACCGCGGCACCAGCCCGGGCAUCCAGCUGCCCGGCGUGUCGUCGCUGGCGUCGCUGGCAGCAUCGUCGACGUCGUCGCCGAGGCCCGACAACAGGCCCCCGAAUGCCGUUUCGCACAGCAUGACCUACGCCACGAGUGCCCCGGCCACGUCGGGCGGACAGAACCCGCCCAUCUGCCAGAACUGCACCACCAGCACCACCCCGCUCUGGCGCCGCGAUGAGGUCGGUUCCGUGCUGUGCAACGCCUGCGGCCUGUUCCUGAAGCUGCACGGCCGCCCGCGCCCGAUAAGCCUCAAGACCGACGUGAUCAAGAGCCGCAACCGCGUCAAGACGUCGGGCCAGGGCCCCAAGAAGAAGCAGCACGACAAUGGCCUCGACCAAGUCCGCGCGGCCGCCGGCACGCCGCCCGUCGACGCCCUCUCCAACCACCGCCGUGCGCAGAAGGUCUCGUCCGGCGCGUCCGAACGCUCCACUUCGCCGCUGUCGCGCACUGGCACUCCCAACCUGGGCCACCACCACCCCUCCAACAUUGCUCCCCAGCACAUGUUCGACGGUGUGACGCUCAACGGCCAUGAGUUCCACUCGCCCUCGCUUCCCUCUUUCAUGCCCCAUCGCCAGCCCUCUCCGUCUGCUUCGUCGGUAAACGGCUCGCACCUGGAGCCGCCCAUGUCCUACGACGGGCUGGCUACCACCAAUACUGCGCUCAAGACACGCGUCAGCGAGCUGGAGGUCAUCAACGACCUGUUCCGCGGUCGUGUUACCGAGCUCGAGCAGAGCGAGCAGCGCGCACGCCAGAAUGAGGCUCACGCGCGCGACCACGAGAAGCUCUUGCAGCAGGAUCUCGACGAUUCGCAUGCCCGCGAGGCCGAUCUGAAGCGCCGCGUCGAUGAGCUGGAGGCUGAGCUGGCUGAGUACAGGGGUGAUGGCCCUCGCCAAAAGAGAAUGCGCCUGUCCGACAUUGUCGACGAGAGCGCGGCGUCGACGCCCUUAUCGACCCCCUCACAAUCGAACUGA